CAGCAGCAGCAGCGGGACAUGGCGGAGAGAAGCCGCCGCCACAGCAGAAUAGUGCGUGGUUUCUCCAGAGAUGCUUCAACUCUGAAGAGAACUCUGUCAGCACCAGAGGAGAACUUCCCAACAGCUCUGCCCAUGCUGCUGGAUGUGGUCAGGGGUCCACAGCGUCUUCCUGCAGAUGAGGAGUCACAGGAAAUGUUGAGAGGGAAGCUGCACAUUCUGCAGGCUGACAGCAGCGAGGUCAACAGUCUAUUCAUGGAGUUGUCUGCUCAUCUUGUCUCCAUCAACAGUGAAGACAAAGUGAUAUAUGUGACUUUUAAAACAUUUGAGGAAAUAUGGAAGUUCACCACAUAUUAUACAGCAGGAUUCUUGGGUCACUGCAUAGAGAAUCUGUUGUUAGACCAAAAGUUCUGGCUCACUUCUUUGGAAGAAGACAUUGCUAUUGAGGUUUCUAUUCAGGAGGACACACUGAACCUUCUCUACAAAGGCAUCCUCAUGCAAGAUGGUUCAUUGUUUGCUAGUUGUAUUGCCAACCAGAUGUUUGACAGCUCCACCUCUGGCGGAGACCUGUACCUGGAGCAGGGAGACAUAGCUCAGUUUGAGCCUCCCUUCCUGGGCUCAGGCUGGACCGUCUUAUGCCUGGCUGAUGGAAACCGGGGAACUGCACCCAACCCUGUACUGGAACCAGUUAUCCCUUUUCAUCAAUGGUUUCUUAAAUCUUGUGCAGAGAGCAUUUUAGUUGGUGAUGGGAAACCUGCUUGUGACUUCCCUCUGCAGUGUGCCAGAGGAACUUGUGUGGCCGCUGUGGAGUAUGAUGCUGAGGGUCCAGAUGAGCUGAGUGUGGCAUCCGGUGAUCGUAUCAUCAUCGUGGGACUUCUGGUGUCUUGUUUUGAUUGGUUCACAGGGAGGAAGGAGGUAACAGGAGAAGUGGGUCUGGUCAAGACAAACGUGGUGAAACCCUCCAGUAACACCUACAGUUCAGCAGAUAUUUGUUUGGAUAGAGAGGAAGGGUUCUUCUGUCUGCAAGAGAGCAAAAUCAUAAAGGAAACAACUGCCUUAUUGAAGAAGAAAUCCCAAAAUGAUACUGGUCAUAACUACAAACUAGAUAUCCUCGGUUGCAAAUACUCUGAAACAAAAGUGCCAAACAGUUCUUCAAGCAAAGUUGAUACUCACUUGAAAACUAAUAUCCAGAGGAUUCUUGACCAAGGAAAAGAAUCCUCCCCAGAUUCUGGUGCGACUAUGAAUGGGAUUGAAGAAGAAUCAGCUGUGCCUACUGAGGCCAAAAAACCCUACCCUCCCUGCUUCACUGUUCACCCAGUUGCAGAAGGGAACAACAACACAGAGAACUUCAUUCCCCUCUUCUCUUUUUUGGAAGGACAAGAUUACAAACUGGAGUUUGGCACUCUGUAUGAACAGAGUCCUGAACUCCUCAACUCCUCCACCUUCAGUGGUCACUCUGAUGAGGAUGAGCUGAUUGCCUUUCUUGGUGUUGCGAGGGAAACUGCCAGAAAGAAGCGACUCUUUUGGUUACAGACUCGUUUGUGCUUCCUGUUGGGUAAGCUCUGUGCUGGGAGGUUAAAAUUUAGCCAGGCUCGGGUUUACUUUGAAGAAGCCCUCAGUGUUCCACGUGAAAGCUUCACGGACCUCAGGCUGUUGGCUAGCAUCUAUUCCAACCUGGCUGUCAUAUAUGUUUUGCAGAAAAAUACAGAAAGUUUCUUUGCUGUAGCGGAGCGGCUUGUUGCCUUGUUAAUGGGCAUCCCAGACUGUCUGGAAAGCAUAGAGGAUAAUCCUGUUCUCAAGUACAUGCUCAAGAAAGCUGUUCUAUGUCACAACAGAAUGGCUGAAGCCAGGGCUUGUUAUCUACUGGCGAAGCACCACUUGACUCGAACUGAGGGUGCCCAGGCUGUUCCUUAUCUUGAGAGACUAGUUGUUGUUUGUGCUGAAGCGGACAAAACAUGGACCAUCUCCACCAGCCAAGGAUACCUGACCCUGGGAAGGCUCUACAGCGAACUUUGCCUUCCCCACCUCAGUGUCAGUUCAGCCAGGAGAGCUUCUCAGCAGUCCUCUGCUACACUGACUGACUGCCUCAGCAGCAUGGUACUAGUUCUGGACAAUGUCAACAGAUUGUAUGGGAUCACAGAACAGGAAGCCUUCUUCCCGGCUCAUGUGGCUCCAUAUUUACACCAAGCCAUCUCUUUUCCCAUGGUCCAAGGAGGAGGAAGUGACCAAUACCAUUUGUUGAGCUAUCAGCUUACUGUUUGUCUCUGCCAGCUGUUUAACAAGCAGAGAAUGAUUGGACACGCUAUCCGACACUUGCACGCUCUUAUCAACAACAGUCCAUCCUCACGACUCCCCACUUCUGUCCUGGAGAGAAACAGUGCCCUCAUCUGGCUAGCAUGGCUUCACAUUGACAACAACCAGUCAGUUGUUGCCCUAGAUAUCUUGGAUGCUGUCCUAGCUUCCAUGCCAGAACACUGCACCACACCUCAGGAAGGUGUGGUCCUCAACAUGCGUGGCGUUGCCCUUCGAUGCAUGGGUGACCUCCGGAGGGCAGCAGAGAGCUACGAAGCUGCUGUUGACAUCUGCCAAGAGUAUGAGGACAUGCCAAACUGGGCUGUAGCUCAGGCUAAUCUAGGGCUGCUGUGUCUGAAAGCUGGAGCUAAAGGACUAGCACAGAGGCACCUGACUGAGGCUGUGCAACUAUUCUCUGAGCUGGAUGAAGAAGGUCAUGAGGUGAACUUCAUCACAGUGCUUCUGGAGCUGGGGCAGCACUAUGUGAAGCAGCAGCAGCUGGACUAUGGGAAAGGAUGCUAUGAGUGGGCACUGCUGUUGGCUAUCAAUGCCAAUGUUUUAGACUGCCAGCUCACUGCAACCAAACAUCUGUGCCAUCUGUACGGGUGUGAGAGUCCAGACCAGGCCCAGUGUAUCAUCUACAGCCAGCACCAGAUCCAGCUGCUCAGUAGCACAGGAGACAGAGGACAGGAGGGGGAUGCACUGGAAGCUGUUAGCCAGCUCUAUCUCAGUCUGGGCACAGACAGGGCACACCGGGCAGCUCUCGACUACACCAAGAGCAGUCUGGGUAUUUUCAUUGACCUGGGCUUCAGGGAGAAGGAGGCGUACGGCUGGCUGCAUGCUGGGAAGAUCUACCACCUGCUGGGCCAGACUGAGCUGGUGGAUCUUUAUGUACAGGUAGCUCAGGAUGUCGCUCUGAGCACAGGAGACACCAAGUUCAUCCUGAAGCUUCUGGAAGCCGCAGGAGACAUUUUCUUCAACAGCUGCCAGGAUCGCGACAAGGCUAUCACCUUCUACAGGGACCGUGCUCUGCCCAUCGCAGUGAAGAGCAGCAGUGUUAAAACCAAGCUGAGGUUGUGUAAUAAGUUGACUGAACUGAUGCUCAAUCUGAAACUCUAUGGGGAAGCUGUGGAAUUUGCUCACACUGCACUGGACAUCAGCAUCACUCUAGGUGAGAGACUGAAUGAGCGAGUGGCCUACCACCGCUUAGCCUCUCUGUACCACUGUCUGGAACAGUAUGAAAUGGCUGAACACCAUUACCUGAAGACUCUGACACUCUGUCCAACACCUCUGCAGUUUGAUGAGGAAACACUGUACUAUGUCAGGGUGUAUCUGACACUGGGGGACAUCAUUUUCUAUGAUCUGAAGGACCCAUUUGAUGCAGCAGGAUAUUACCACCUGGCACUAGCUGCAGCCAUUGAUCUGGGCAACAAGAAGUCUCAGCUGCAGCUGUGCACCCGCCUUGCCACCAUCUACCACAACUUCCUGAAGGACAGAGAGCUCUCUCUCUUCUUUUACCAGAAGGCGAGAGCAUUCGCUGCAGAGCUGAACGUGAAGAGGAUUAAUAUCUCACCAGAUCAGCUGUAUGGCAGCAGCCCACAAUGCAAGACCACGGGACAAUAAGGAAGACAGAAGCACAUAAAGAGGAACUUGUCAAGCCACCGGAAAAUGUAAACCUUUUCUAGAUGCAUAAAGAAGACAAACUUCAGCAGAUGAAGGUGAUGACAAGUGUUCUUUGUUGGUACAGAAAAAUCAUGUGUCAUGAGAACAGUAUUAAUCUUCCAUCAGAGAUUCAACUGAUCACAAAGAAAAUUUUUACUUUGAAGCAAAAAUUAUAUGUGUGCACAUUAAGAAGUCAAACCUUUACAUAAUAAGGGUCUGUUGUCACCUUUCAAAAUGGGAUCCUAAAAGGGAAAGAGUAGAUGUUUUAGAAAUCGUACAUAAUUUUUGUCACUUUAUUUUUUUUAUUUAUUUUUAAAAAUAACGGAGCAUGUCAGGGAAGCAACAUGAAUCAAAUGAAUCUAACACAUUUCAUACAGUACACUGCUAUCAUAGCAUAUACACAUGACAAGACAGAAACACAAGAGAAAUGCUAGAAUACAUUUACAAUAGUGAACUCAGUCUAGUCCUAUCUAAUCUAUUCUCAUUCUAAAUUACUGCUGGCCACUCACACUUAAAAAUUCAGAGAAAAGUCUUUUAUUAUAUUCUGAAAACUUGAUUCUUGAGUGACCUUGAUUAGAACUGGUACAGAUUUCCAUUGAUCACACAUAAACAGAAGUACAUCAUCUGUAUAUAAUAAAAUGUAACGUGUCUAGUAUGUAUUUGAAUGCCUUUUCUCUAACAGUUUGAGAUCAUCUCUAUGACCAAAGCAAGACAUGAGGAAGACAAGGCGACAGGCCCUGUUUCGGAUCCCGUACUGCUGGAACUAUUCUGAGAUGAUACAACAGUCAGUGCAUAAAGCAAACCGCUUGGCCAAUUCAAAGAAAAUAUGAAAUAUAUGCCAAUAGAAGGCCAUUAUAUAUAUUAAUUUUAGCUGGUCCAGAUUUUUAAUGGUUGUUGAUAAACAUGCAUGUUGUAGGUAUCUGGUACACCAUCAGCCUAUCAAAUAUUAAGGGCAAUUUUUGAAAAUAUAUUACCAGUGCUGCAUCUCGUGGAGAUUCAUAAUUUGACUCAAUCAAUAAAAGUAUUGCCAAAAGAAAGCUCAUUAAGUGUAUUAUUCAGUCAAAUACUAUAUGAUUUCUGGUUGUGUCCUUCUCAUUGGCAAUA